AUGCUGUAUUUCGAGCCGAGAAAGAGAAUAGUGACAAAAGACGAUCUUGCAAUUUGGGAGAAGUCGCAAACGCACGAGGAUUUGUUAAAUUUCAUUGUGGAUCUCCAGAACCUGGUUGAAGGUCUCACUAAUCAAGCCAAGGUUCACGAAAGCGAUGCUAUCAAGGAGCUUGUGGCUCAACUAGACGUUGUUUUGGAGUUGGUGGAAAAGCACCCAGUUUUGAAAGAGAGGGACAUUUCCAGAUUCGGCAAAAGCGAGUUCUGUGACUUUUAUGAUGAUAUCCAGAAACAAGCACCUUCCAUGUUCUCGGGUCUAGUCCAAGAUAAAGAGGCUGUGGUGGAGCUUGCACGCUACUUUGGAGAGUCUUGGGGUGACAGAACACGUAUAGACUACGGAUCGGGUCACGAGUUGAACUUUUUGUGCUUUCUCUAUUGUCUACACAAGUUGAACGUUAUCACCAAGGACGACUACCCAGCACUCGUUCUCAGAGUGUUUUGUAAAUACAUCAGCAUCAUGAGACAGCUUCAAAAGACUUACUGGCUUGAGCCUGCUGGAUCGCAUGGUGUGUGGGGUCUAGACGACUACCACUUUUUGCCAUUCUUGUUCGGAGCUUCCCAGCUAGCUUCCCACCCACAUAUGAAGCCCAAGUCAAUCCACAACAAGGAGAUGGUUGAGAAUUUUUGGGAACAGUACAUGUACUUCGAGUGCAUUCAUUUCAUCAAUUCGAUCAAAACCGUUCCUGGUUAUGAUGGCAACACGCAAGCCAGUCUCAGAUGGCACUCGCCCAUGUUGGAUGAUAUCCUGUCGGCUAAGUCAUGGGCCAAAAUCAAGGAGGGCAUGAUCAAAAUGUACAAUGCCGAAGUUUUUGGCAAAUUGCCCAUCAUUCAGCAUUUCAUGUUUGGCCACAUUAUCCAGUGUCCUGAGGACGUUCCAGAACACUCAGAUGAUGAAGCCAGCGACUGCGAUCCCUAG